UCGGAAUUGCAGUGAAAGUUUGAUCGAAAGAUAAUAUUUUAUUUGCCUUUGUUAAAUCGAUGUUUUAAUGGCUUGUAUUGUACGUAAUAAAAGUGAUUCAAAAUCUUCGCAUGCGCUUGACUGAAGUAUUCGAAAGAACUAAGUUCGUUUCAUAGUGUAGCAAGAUUGAAUAAACACAAAUCAUUUAGGAAUGGCAGAUAUUAAACAAGAGCAUAAAGGCGAAGAUACUGAUAAUUAUGGAAUAGGUAAUAGUGCCGAACCAAAAAAUAUGCAAGAAUUGACGGAAUAUGUGCAAACACUAUUACAAAAUAUGCAGGGAAAAUUUCAAACAAUGUCGGAUCAAAUUCUUGGAAAAAUAGAUGAAAUGGGAAAUAGAAUAGAUGAUUUAGAGAAGAAUAUUACAGACUUAAUGACACAAGCUGGUGUAGAAGGAGGUGAAAAAUGAUUGUAUUUAUUGCAACAUUGACUUUAAUACAAAAACAGAAAUCUUUUUCGAUAUCAAUGAAUAUUAUUAUAUAAGAACAAUAUUUAUAUGUUAUUGGUAUGCACUUUUGGUUGUUAAAAAAAUAA